CAGAGAAAUGGAGAUAGCUCUAGGCCGCGAUCGCGUCGCAUGAAACAGCAUCCAACUACUCAACUAUUUAUUGCUCAAGAUGGCGCCCGCACAACCUGAGCUGAAGAAGUACCUCGACAAGAGACUGUUCGUCCAGCUGAACGGCAGCCGAAAGGUCAUCGGCAUCCUCCGAGGUUACGAUGUCUUCCUGAACAUUGUCCUCGACGAAGCGGUGGAGGAGAAGGAUGGAGGAGAGAAGGAGAGAAUUGGCAUGGUUGUCAUCCGUGGUAACUCGGUAGUAAUGCUCGAGGCUCUCGAAAGAAUUGGCGGCGAUGACCGACGUGGAGACCGAUAAUCCUGAAGAAUGGCGGAAACACUGGAAGAGACGACGGAAAUUAUGUGAUCUUUAUUGGCGUUAAGGUCGAAAAUGAGACAAGUCCUUGUGGGCAGUUUGUUUGGGUCACAUCUUACUAGAUAUCAAGAGAGGAUAUCCUCGAAUUGUUAUACCAUGUCCAACCAAACACUACACUACUCCUUCUUCUCCCAGACCUUCUCGUCAUAUGAGUCCAUCAACUGGCCAGCAUACGCCUUCUGCCAACCCUUGAUACCUCCAAUCAGAAUUUCAGCCUUGAUCUCGGUCUCUUCAACUUCAUCGAGAUAGUCCUGCAUCCAGCCUGCACAUCGUGGACCUCGACUACCGCAGCUACCUGAAGAUCAAUGAGUAAUAGGUCGGGGAUAGAUAUCUAGGAAUUGAUGAAUUACCGCAAUAAAAGAUGAUUCUCUUGAUACCUGCCUGUUUGACAAGCUGAUAGAUCUGAGGACGUGUCUGAUACAACGUAUGAGCGGGGAGAUUGAUGGAUGUAGCGAUAGUGCCGCCCUCCCAGUCCGUCCUUCGAACAUCAACUAGCAAAAAGUCCCUUUGGGCAUUCUUUCCAGAAGCUGCAUUCACUUCAAUGAGUUUUGCGACAAUGGACGGGUCUGUUCGAGGGCAUUCGGCCUUUGGCUCAGGGAACUCCUCCCACCAUUGCUUCUGCGGGGUGUCCUGCGGGGCGUCUUCUCCCAUGAUGUGACUUUUUUAAGAGAAGAGAGUAAAGUUUCGUAACCAAGCUUUGAGAUGUCUACAGCAAUGACUUUGAAUCAAGACUUGGAAAUGAUUGUGUACAGUGCAGGUUGAAGGUAAGAGGGCUUGCACUUUGUAUCGUGGCUAGGUGAUGAUGACG